UGAAAACAAAGAAGAAGGGGGGAGAGGAAAGAUGUGGAGUUGGUUAAGAAGAACCCUCUCUUUCGUUGCGCAAUCACCAACCAUUUUCAUAAAAUUUUUAUUCAACGUGUCUACGGGAAAAUUGAAAAUGUACGUCAACAAGUGAGACAAGAGGGUGUGAUGUUGAAAUGCGCAUGGCCGUGGUAACGGCGCGUAUUUAAGGGCUGAUCCUUCGCGAAUCUCGUCACUAUCAUCGUAUCCUUGGAUCUUAACACCGGUAUACGUAUAUCAACCACUUAUUCUCACGUAUUCACCUCUCAUCACGAAGUGAUCCAGUGAGUCCAAUAUCUGGAACGAUCGCCCACGUCACAGUUUCCAUAACGUUCGUGCAAUAUCUCUGGAUCCCCACGUUUGUGAACAGGCAACAGCAUGAUGGGUUCAACGAUUGUCAUCCUUUUUUCAAUGACGACCAUGGCAAUAUUCUGCAACAAUGUCUUGGCAGCUUUACCAACUCAAUGUAAUCCUGGUUUCCUUGAUGAUCUUCCUCCAAGGAUCCGCAAAGUCUGUGUCGCACUUUCCAGGAUAUACGAGCUUGGUUCAGAAAUGGAGAGCUACAUUGAUGACAAGGAAAAUCAUAUAACAGGCUUUCACGAGAGCAUCCCGUUAUUAGACAGUGGAGUAAAAAGACAAGAUGUCGAUCAUGUAUUUCUGCGCUUUGGAAGACGUCGUUAGACAUCGAGCAAAUGAUAUUUCGCACAUGAAAAAAUCAAACAGUUCAAUUCAUCGUUCAAGCUAUGAAAAAAAUGUCUGCAGGUCCAUUUCGAGAUUCUUAUUCGAUAGAUUCAUAUUAUAUCAAUUUGUGCUUUUUUCUUCCUAUAAGCAUACAAAAGUAAUGGGUGUCUAAUGAAAUCACGACGAGUUACUUGUGUAUCGUGCGACUUUUAUUUAGAAAUUAUUUAAAAAAGUUCAUCUUUUCUCUCUUAUAAAUAAAUUCAAUAGUGAAAGCAG